AACAGUUGUAACAUAAACGGAAACGGAAACGAAAGGCAAGUUUAAUUCACUACACAGCCUGAACGAGACGGAAACUGAAAUAUAUAUAUAGAUACAUAGAGAGAGAGGGAGUCAGAGAGUGUGACAGCAAGUGAGCGAGCGAGCGAGCCACGCCCCAACAUGAGCAGCAUGAAGGGCGGCUUCACAACACUCAAUCGCUGGUUUGGCCGCAAAAAGGACAAAUCUAGCGUGGGCAGCGCCAACGGCAAGCUGUCAAAGUCAACCACACAGCUGCACCACAUGUCCACAGACCAGGGCAUUCACAUCAACGAGGCUAGUCAGCUGGAUUACAAUCGCAUCACCCCUCUGCCCGCAGCCACCAGCAAUGCACCGUUCGAGCAGACCUUCCGCAUCACCGUGCUCCUGCCCAAAGAUCAGCUCUAUGUGACCCGACUGGGCGCCCGUGUGCCACUCAGCAAGCUGCUCUCCCUGGUCUGCGACAACAAACAGCUGGAUCCCGAUAAAUAUGAGUUUCGCAAUCCAGUGGAUGCUAGUCAGGUGUACAGCUGCGAGUCAAGCAUCGGAGCAGUGGGUCUGUCGGAGAUACGUUUGUGCCACAAGUCGGAGUCCUACGACAGCUUCAAUACGGACUCCAUGCUCAAGUUUCAGCGGACGGGCGGCACUCGCGAUUCGCUGAGCAGCAGCUCCGAGUUCAGCAGCAGCCGGCACUCGCACUCCAAGCUGACGGCCAAGACGCCCAGUCCGUACAGCUCAAGCAACUCGCUCAACUCCAUGGACUCCACGGGCAUGAACUAUACGCGCACACCUGUAGUGCCGCCCAAGGCGUUAUCCGUAGCACCGCCGCCGCGCAAGAAGCGCGUAGCGCCACGCCCACCCAGCCAGGUGCCCAUCCCGGAGCAGUCCGUAGCGCAGUUCAACGAGACGCCGACGCCGACGCCGACGUCGACACCGGCGCCAACUCCAACGGAGCCCGCCUAUGCGGUAGUUGUGAAGCGUCCACAGCUGUGCAUGUCCACGCCCAACCUGGCCAGCACGCCGGAGCAUGUAACGGAAGCGGAGACGCAGCCGUCGUUUGAGGUGGACUGCAAUGGCAACAGCGCCAAGACCUUGGAUGGCGGACUCUAUGCCACGCUAGAGCGCAGGCCCUACUCGCAGGCCUUGCCGGAGCCGACGCCGCGCAAACGUCUGCUGCAGCUAAAGAAGAAGACGGCGCCAGCACCGCCUCCAGAAUCGCCUGGACCGGCAGCGGAAGCGGCAGCUGAGGCAGCGGCCGCGGCUGCAGACACCAUAUCACUGGCCUCCUCCACGACGGUGUCCAUGACGGAAGUGCUGCCGGCAAUACCGCAGCCAGCGCCCAGGAUUACCACGCCCGUUCCCAUGGCCACGUCGACAGCACCAAGAGUGCAGCAGCACCAGCAGCAGCAGCAGGAGUCGGGGGCAGUGCCUCCUGCACUGCCCACUACAGCAGCGCCCCAGAUGCUGAGCAAUGGCAACCAGAAUGUGUCCAAGGUGCUGUUGAACCGCACGCCCACGCCGGAGCCCCGCUCGCUGGGCAGCGCCACAGAGGAGGAGGAGGACAACAACGAUACGGCCUCCAAGCAGGCGGACUCCGGCAUUGGCGAGCCUGUGCCCUCGCCGCUGCCCUCCAGCUCGCCCUCGCCCGAGCCGGAGGUGCAGCCCUUGGCAGAUCACAAGGCGCAGCUCGAGUCCAGCUCGGAGGAGGACGACGAGGCCAUCAAGGUGUAUAACUUCAAGACGUCCUGCAAGAGCUCCGUCAAGGUCAAGGAACUGGUGCUGAGCGCCCAGCAGCUGGAGACGGCAGCCGAUGAGCAGCCCUCGCCCCUCUCCGACACGCCCCUGGCCCAGACGCCCAGCAGCCCGAACAGCGAGCUGACUUCGCUCUCCUCCUGGAACUAUGCGGGUCCCAUAUCGCCGCCCCCGGACUUCUCGGACAGCGCGCAGUUCGCGGACCGACAGCGGCCCAAGAGCAGCGAAGUGGUCAACGAGCUGUCCUCCAUCAUACAGCAGCAGCGGCUGGACACGCUCAUCCGGCAGGCGCCCGAGCAGCCGCAGCAGAUCGAAGCGGCCAAGCCCAAUCGGCUGGCCAACUUUAGCAUCGCAUCAAUUAGCAACGGCUCGAGCAACAAGCGCAACAGCAGCAGCAACAACAACAACAACAACAGCAGCAGCAGCAGCAGCAGUAGCUCUCCAACUAUCACACGCACCGACUCCUUUCAGUCGCCCAGGCACAGCCACAACGGCUCCUCCCUGGGCAUGCGCCUGCGCAGCUCCUCGCAGCUGUCGCUCAACCGGCUAGAGCUGAACGGCCUGAAUGGCGGCCUGCAGCAGCGGCGCUCGUCCAGCGAGCUGAGCAUUGGCGAGUCGCCUUCGCUCCAGAGCCUCGAGCUCAUCAAGACCAUAUUGAGCAACUCGCGCAAGAACAGCCUGGCCACAGAUGCCACCGACUCCACAGAGGCGCCACAAUCCCAACUGGCCGAGCCUGAGAAACCAAAGAGCAGAUCGACUGCGUCGCCCACAACCAAGCCGGUGCCGAUGGACGUGACCACGCCUAUAAGUCCACUUGAGUCCACAGUGGCGUCCACAACAAUAGUAGCGCCUAAGGCCAUGCCUGUCAGCACAGUCGUGUCCCACUCAAAUGAGCACGCAUACGUAGCUAAAGAGGCUGUGCCUGUGCCUGUGCCGGUGCCUGUUCAGACAGUCGAGCCCGCAGCUGACUCUACAUGCGGAUCGUUAGGCGUGGCCACUGCUGUGCCUGCACAGAAAUCAACGCCUACAGCUGCAAAGUUGCCGCUGGCUCAGCCUGUGGCUGCGCCCACACCUGUUAACAAAGUGGAGUCACCUGUGUCCACAUCCCUGGCCACAGCUGCAGCUCCAGCGGCGCCCAUUGCAACUGCCCGCAAGGCCUCUCUGCCGGAGGCUCCAACGGCAGAGCCUGAGCCCGAGCCAGAGCCGGAGCGAGAACGUGAGCCCGUGCCUGAGGUGGCGCCAGAGCCAGCGCCCAAGCCGCUGCCACAGACGUAUCGCUACUCCGGCCCGCCCAGCAUCAACUUUGCCACGUGGAGCGAGCGUCCCAAGUCGCAGGUGGCUAUCAAAAACGAGGGCGACUACAUCUAUGGCGGCGCCAAGGCGGACGCAGCAGCAAAGCCCGCCACGGCACCCGUCAAGCUGACCAUUGAGGUGGCCUCGCCGAUCCUGCGCAUGGGCAUUCCGCGCAAGGAAUACCACGUGCCCAUCACGGUCAAGCCGCUGCGCGACGACAGCCAGGAGCGAGAGCGCGCGUCACCCGAGCCGCAGCAGGAGAAGCCGCCCCUGCAGCAGGAGGUCAUAGUCAAACCCUCCACGCUGCCACGUCCGGCGAAGAGCAAUCGCUUCACGCUGCCCGCCAGCAUCCAGAGCAGCAUCAACAACAACAACAACAGCAGCAACUACAGCAAAAAUUACAGCAACUACAACAACAACAAUAACAUCAGCAGCAACUACAACAACCACGGCAGCGGGACAACCAAUUCAUUGCCACGGCCCAUUUCGACGCUGGAGAAGGCAGCGACGCCUGCAGCACCCGUGGAGUCGGUGGCAGCGCCCUUUGGCCAGAAUACGCUGAGGCGCACGGGCUUCAAGGAGCGCAUGCUGGCCAAGGAGCAGCAGGAGCAUGAGCAGGCCCUGAGCGUGCGCGUCUCUGUGAACGGAACAACAAACGCAGCGCCAGCAGCAGCGCCAGCAGCAGCGGCAACGACAGCAGUGAAGCCAGCGACGCCGACGCCGACGGCGACGCCAACGGCAACGCCAACGUCGCCAUCGAUGCCAAAGCUGAGGAGCACCAAAGUGGAGCUGAAACCAGAAACAGUUGAGCCAAAGCCAGCGCCAAAUGCGCUGCAAGUGAAGCUGCGCCCCAUUAGCUUCAUGGCCAAUAAAUCGACAGCCACGCCCACAAGCGCGCCUACGCCCACUGCUGCUGCUGCUGCCGCUGGCACGCCCUCGCCGCCGCCACCGCCGCCAAUGCUGAGCAAGACCAAAGCGAUGCCCAAACUGAAGUCAACGUCGGCGUCGCCGUCGGCUGAUCCGCGGGAUCAGCUGCUCGAGGCGAUACGAAACUUCAAGCGCGAGGAGCUGAAUCGUGCCUGAGCGAAGAAGAGGAAGCAUAGAGAAUACACACAUAGAGAAUACCGAAACGAAAUGCACAAAGCGAAUGGCGCAAAAUGUUAUCAAUUUCAUUUUUUUCUUUUUCUUUUUCUUUCUGUUUUCGAUUUUGAUUUGCAACUUUUAAUUUGUUUGCUUUUAUUUUAAUUUAUGCAUUUUAUGAUUUUUUUGUAAAUGUAAAUAGUUAACAAGAUUCUGCCGAUCUUGUACAUUGAAGUCAAAACAAUAUGCACUUUUUUUUCUAAUAUUAGUAAAAAUAU